AUGUCUUCGCACUACAGCAUAUCAAACAGUAAUAUUGGGGAUAAUGCUCGCGUUCGUGUGGGUGAUGAUGUAUUCAUCCAACAGAGCGAUAAUUCUCCACAAGCUUUAGCUAAAAAUAAUCACAAUAAUAUUCGGAAGUUAAGAACACCAGGUACAUGUGAAUGGUUGUUAAAAAAGCCUGACUUCAAGACAUUUAUAAAUUCAGAGACGGAUUCGAUUCUCUGGAUACAUGGAGCCGCGGGAUGCGGAAAGUCCAAGUUAAUCGACCAUAUUGGUAACAAUUCUAACGCCAAGAACUUCCAUCUACUGUUUUUUUAUGUCGACUAUCAGCAGAAAGAAAACCAACCUUACUAUGCUAUGCUAGAGACAUUCAUUCAGCAAGCACAAGGCAACGAAAAAGGUUCCCGCCCACAAAAUCAAAAGGACGAUACGAAUGAAAACAAGCUCUUUAGAAUUCUGAAUGAGGAUCAGAAGCAUGUGUGCAUUGUUAUCGAUGCAGUGGAUCAGCUUCCUGAAAUAGCCCAGUCUAAGUUAAUCGGAAAGUUGAAUACCAUUUUUCAGGAACGCAAGAACAAUCGUCGCAAGCGUCACCUUGCUAUUAUCAUUAGCUCUCGCAAUCGCGAUGGGUGCAAAGAACUUCAAAAUCAUAACCUGUUUGAGAUCCAAGUCAAUCGUGAUGAUAACAGCGACGAUAUUCGAAAAUACUUGGAGAACGAGCUACCGUUGAACCGUUUCAAAAAUAAUCCAAAGCUAAGGGACCAGGUUCUAAACGAUAUAGCAAAUAAGUCAAAUGGGUUAUUCUUAUGGGCAAAGCUAAAAACAGAAACUCUUCCCAAAAUGGUGUUGGAAAAAACCGCGGAAGAGUUUCUUAAGCAAAAUAUUAAAGCUCUAAAGAUGGAUCAAGUCUAUAAAGAGUAUGCUGUUGCAUUUGAAGCUCUUUCGGGGGAAAAAAACCGCGUUGCCCUAAGAACUAUGGCAUUUCUAUCCAACUCAGCGGGAUCAAUGCCCAAGAAUCUCUUGCUUGAAGCCCUCAAUGUCGCUACUUGUAUCGAGGAAGAAGCAGAAAAUUCUACAGGAAUCAAGAAUUCCAACGAUGACCUGUACGGUAUCGUUCAAAUAUGCAAUCACCUAAUCGAAAUAGACGAAAAACAGGGAGUCUUUCGCUUCUGUCACGCGUCCGCCUUCGAAUUUUUCCGAGAGCAUGAUCAAACGCAAGCUCAUAAGCUAAUUACACAAGUCUGCCUAGCAUAUCUAUGCUCACGGGAUAUUUCCCAUGGAUACGACCGAGAUGCAAAAUGGUACAAUGGCAGGCUUGAACCCAUUAUACAGAAGCAUCCAUUUUUAGAGUUUGCGUCUUGCAAUUGGGCAAAUAGCUAUAAAGAAAGUGCCUUCAAAUAUAAAGAAGAGAACAAAAGUGACAGGGUGGUUGAGUUAUUGAGGAGGCUUCUCGGCAAAAAGAAGAAGAAUUUUCUCCUGUCUUUCCAAAUCUAUAUGCUCAGCCUGCGCGAUGAUAUACCGGGAGGUAUUAGCCAUGAGCACAUCAUCAGCUGCCUCGGCCUCGACGACCUUUUAGAUUUCUUAAAAGACGAAAAUAUGCUCGACUUACAGAAGGUUGAUGAGGAAGGAUUGUCGGCAAUUCAUUGGGCCAUCCGUAAGGGGGUCAAACAGAAGACUGCUGCCGGACAUUCCGCGAAUAGCGAUGUUUGCAAUGUUAUAGCAAAGCUGAUUGAGUAUGGAGGGAAAGUCGAUGCGUCAGAUAAAGAAGGUCGCACUCCUCUCCAUUACGCAGCUCGUUAUGGGCUUUCGGAAGUCGUGAAGCUGCUUAAAGUCAAGAAAGCCAAUCUGAACAUAACAGACAAGAAGGGCCAGACGGCUCUGAUUGCUGCAUGCAAAGAACACCAUGAAGAAGUCAUCGCUAUGCUGGUGAAAUAUGGAGCAGAUUUUAAGCCUCAGAGCUCCUAUGGUACCGCUUUACAGAUUCUCUGCUUAGUGGGAUGUUGCAAAUGCGUUGACUUAAUCUUCCGCCAAUACGAAGCCAAAGAUCGUUUCCGCAAAUUAUAUCCUCAUGGGGCAUCCAGCGCUAUCGCCAAACUUUUUCUUUCUCGAUACUACAUGGCAUAUUUUGGGGAAGGAAAAGGCACUUUUGGAACAUCUCUUCAUGCAGCAGCAUUCCACGGUCGCGAGGAUGUUGUGGAACUUCUCCUUAACACAGGCAAAGUCUAUGUUGGAGCAACACACCACAUCUAUGGCAGUGUCCUCACAGCGGCAGCUGCUGGGUGCAAUGUCAUCACGAAGAAAGAGCCAUACGAGAAGAUCUUUGGUCUAUUAAUCGCCCAUGGCGUUGAUGUCAACGAUGAGACUGGCACAAAGGGACCAGCUCUCCGCGCGGCUGCAUUAAAUGGCCAUAUAGACCUCGUUCAGCUGCUUUUAGACAAUGGCGCGAAAGACUGCUCGAAUAAGAGUGCUAGAGAGACCGCCUAUCAAGCUGCACGUAAAGGUGGACACACAGAUGUUAUGCGCCUCCUUCAGGAACGUGGCUUUGAUACUACUGCUGAAGGCAGCUCCGAGGACACAUCAUCUGGAACCUCCCACCUUCGGCAAGAAUUUUACAUGGCAGUUUUUACAAUAGCUGACCCAGGCAAUUUUGAGAAACUGUUCCAAGAAGCGGAAACCCGCAUGUGCGACGAAAUAGCCAAAGAUGAACUAAGCGCCAGGUUUUCCAUGAUGCUUAGGCUCACUAAGGAAAUAUUUAUUGAGACUGUGAAACUCGCUACCAGUAAGACGCACAGAGGAGAAUUGCAGACGACAAAGAGGCAUAUAUUGGCAGAAGCAUGGGAAGAGUGUGCUUCUCUUCUUUGCUUACUGCGCCGUGGCCCUCGCCGGGAUCGUUUACGUACUGCAGUCGGGUGCCAAUCGACAAGCAGUCAAGUCACUCCUGGAUCAAGUUCAUCCGUAGAUGGACUUAAUGGAUAUCCAGCUCCAUCAGAAUCUCAAAAUCCGAAUGAAGAACCCACUUCAAAGAUCUCCUUCCUACGAAAAAAGAAGCCUCUAUUCAUCACAGAUAAUUACGACUUUACCCGUCCAUUAGACUUAAUGACAAGAGCUGGAAUCGCCGUUCUUCAAAAGGCAAUCGAGGUCAACAACAUCGAAGCGAAGAAUGCGAUCGCUUAUACUUGGGUAGAUGUGAUGAACAACCUCAUGACAAGCAACACCGACGGCGAGUCACUGCUAAAGACGGUGUUGAACAGCCGUAUAGUCGAGUUUAAAGCAAGCGUGGUUGACGAAUUACGCGUGGUUGACCCAAGCUUAGGAGACAACAAAAAAUUGAGCAAGGCACAAGCCCUAUGCUGCGUUGCUGUUGAGAUGCUAUUAGUAACUUUCAGAAAUCGAGAGUUUGAGCGGCUAUCGUUUAUCCUCUCCAAACUCUACAACUCAGCAGCCAAUGAACUCGAGGAUCUUGGAGAACGUGGCCACCAAGCCGUGCGUGAUUUGCUGCAAGUUAUCGUAAAGGACUUUUCAGAUGUACUCUACUCAGGAGACCAGUUUGAAGUUCGAGUGUGUGCAAAUGCUGGCUUGGAGGUCCUAAGGCAAGCCGCUUUGAGCCCGAAGAAGAACCUGAUGAACGCAUAUGCCGACCAAUGGGUGCGGCAAUGGAGUCUUGUGAUUGAAAAAAACAUGGGUUACGUUAUUCGCGAUAUAAUCCAGGAUAGAUGGCAAGAGUACAAGAUCUCUUUAGAGGAGGAAAAAUACGACCAAGUCCUUAGCCUGGCGAUUACCUCUUUGAGCCUCAUUAGGGCAGCUUUUGAGCAGGAACUCAACGAAGUAAUAGAGGCUUUUAUGCCCACAGUGGAAACAGCCUUUGAGCAGACGAUGGAAAGCUUUCAAAGCAGCACAGAGGGUUUACGCCAAGUUCCACCCCAAGUUCUUGAGAGGGAGUUUUCUGAAGACCGCAGACACAUAUACGAAACCCUAGUCGAGGUGGCCUUCAGAUUAUUUUCCAUGGCAUGGAGUAAAGGACCCAAUCGUCUAGACAGUUUGGCUAAGACCAUUAUGCUUGGUAUUCAAGGCAUGUCAACCGAGGCGCGAGGCAAGCUAAAAGAAGUCAUCAUCUCUCAUUUUACAGCCGCCGAAAAUGGAACACAUAUAAUACGAAGAGAGAUAGCUCUCACAGUCAACUAUUUUCUCGCUGUGGCUAGAAAUUCAAAGGCGACUCAGUUCUCCUCGUGGAUAACAGAAAUAAUAGAAGAGCAUAAAGAGCGGUUGGGAUUCGAGGGGCGUAUCAUAAAGGAAACGCAAGUGAACCUCUAA